AUGGCCAAAGACACAAGCCUAACGUACGUCUUCGCCAAGAGGCCGACGGGCCAGAUCGUGCCGGGGGAGACCUUCCGCGCAGAGACCACGCCUGCACCGACUGAGGCAGAUCUGCAGGAGGGCGAUGUCUUGCUCGAGACGCACUACAUCAGCCUCGACCCUUCGAUGAGGGUGUGGCUGAAAGACAAGGCUAGCUACCUGCCACCGCUGCAGAUUGGCGAGACCAUGCGCAGCGUCGGCGCUGGCGUCGUCCUGGCGUCCAAGAACCCAAUGUUCAAGGCCGGCGAUUGGGCGACGGGGUUCACCGGCUGGCGGGAGAUCGCGAAGCUUGGCCCGCGGGAACUCAUGCCUGUAGCACGGCUGCCAGGCGUAGAGAUGCCCGACCUGCUCGGCGCCAUUGGGCCGACGGGCCUGACGGCGUACCUGGGCCUGGAGAAGAUCGGUCUGCCCCAGGCCGGCGAGCUGGUGGUUGUGUCCGGAGCGGCGGGCGCGACGGGCUCGAUUGUUGGACAGAUCUGCAAGCUCAAGGGCUGCCGCGUGGUCGGCAUCGCCGGCAGCAAGGACAAGUGUGCCUGGCUGAAGGAGCUCGGCUUCGAUGCGGCGCUGAACUACAAGGACUCGGAUUUCCGUGAGCAGUUCAUCGAGGCAACCAAGGAUAAAAUCGACAUGUACUGGGACAAUGUUGGUGGUGAAAUACUUGAUCUCGCCUUGGGACAGGCCAAGCUUCGCGGCCGUAUCGUGGCGUGUGGAUCUAUCAGCACUUACAACGACGAGGGAGACACGGCAAAGCAGACCUUCAGCAACCUUGGGAUGAUUACGUCGUUCCGGCUGCGCAUGGAGGGUUUCAUCGUCAUAGAUUAUGCAGCAGAGUGGCCAGCAGCGGCCAAGCAGCUGGCUGUGUGGGUGUCAGAAGGAAAGCUCAAGUCCAAGAACACCAUUGUCAAGGGAGGCCUGCAGCAGGCAGAGCAUGCUUUGGUUGAUCUCUUCAAGGGUGUCAACACAGGCAAACUCGUGGUCGAGGUCAAGGAGCUGAAGGCGUAGGGGAAAAUUCCGACCUUGCGCAGCAGCAAGCCGCGCAAAACGUGUCAUGUUAUGUCCUCUGGCACGAGCAAUAAGGCUCGGAACAAGCUCAGGACUUGAACCGUAGGAUAGGGGAUAUUCUGAUGGCGUCAAAGGAGGAGGCCUGAAACAUCCGAAUUGAUAGGUCGUUGGAGGCUUUUCGUGCGUGAUGAAUGCGCCAGAUAGACAGUCAUAUACACGCAGACGUGGUGGGCCAAUCGUGUAUAG